UGCUUACUUUUCAACAAAUCCUAAAUCCAGGAGCUUUCAUUUGCAAACGAAAAAUACCUGCAAUUUGAGGGUGACUAAUGCCUUAUGAAAUGUGGUAACUUUUUCUUUUACAAAGGUUAUUAAAUAAAUUAUUUACUGGUCACUACAGAUUCCCCAAUCAAUAUAUUUAAAAGGAGUUUUUUCAAUUAGUGAAUUAUUACUAACAGACUAGCUCCGGGAUUUUUAAAUGUAUGACGAAGAAUUUUUAAAUUCGCCAUAUGAUUUUAUCGUCGUUUUUGUUAAAUUCAAUUGUUGUUAAAAAUUCCUCUAUCGUUUCAAGAAACUGUCUUUUUCAAUUUCAAAUUUGAAUUUUAUUGCAUGUCAAGAGUACUAGUAUUACAAUUUGUUUUGGAAAUACAAGUAAAAAUUGUUUAUAUUUUUUUUAAAUACCUGUAUAAUGAUGUGCCUAAGGAUAGUUUCUGGCCAUCAAUCUUUACCAAUGAAAGUUUUACAUUUAUUCGGGAUGGUUGAAGUCAAAUGAAUAAUAAAUUGUGACCAGAAAAAAAAACAAUGUGGAAGAAGUCUGCUUCCACGCAGUAUUAUUUUUUUUUUCCUUUUAAGGAAGGGUCAGGAAUCUACGGCACCGCUGGAGGGCCAGAUAUGGGGCAGAUAAUGUCAACAGGACCAAUCGUAUGCAGAAAAAAGGAUGAACUUAUUAAUCAUGCCUGGAAGUCCCUUGAAUCAAAUUCUGUUAAUAAUAUCAUACUACUAGAGGUUGAAGUGCAAAUGUGUGGUAUGUUUGGAUAUAUAGAUCCAGAGGCACCCAAAAUGAAGGAACACAGACAAUACACGCCUCUCGUCAUUGCCUGCAUGUUUUGUGAUAAAGAGUUAGUUCAUAAACUCAUUCAGGCAGGGGCGGACAUUAAUUUUCGCCCACAGGAAGAUAAAUAUAAAUCAUUGGAAGAAGCAGUGCCGCCCUUGUACUAUGCAACAGCAGCGAGAGAUGCAGAUAUAGUAAAGUUAUUAUUAGAUUCAGGUGCUGACGUAAACGGAUAUAGAGGGCGCAUGCAGUUCAUCAACCUUCAAGAGCCAAGGAAUGAGGUUUACAGCAUUAUUGAACCUAGUUAUUCUUUACGAGACUCAUCGGCCUGUAUGAUAAAAAUUCUAGAGCUAUAUUUAUCAGCAGGAGUGAAAUUAAAUACAACAUGUUGGGGUCCCUGUCUUUUUUAUGGGAGAGGUAAAGUCUAUGAGGCCAAUCGUCCUAGCCGACUGAAUAUUCCGGGAGCACGUUUUACUUGUGAUACAGCUGUACUUCUUCUUCAACAUGGCGUCGAUCCAGACCUGUAUAAGCUCGAGGAUGUUUUGCAGCAAUUUUCCCAGCAUAGUAGUCGUUACCUUAGCAUGAAUUGUGUAAAUUUUAAUGCCUUCUUACAAACUUUUAUUGGGGCUGGUUACCACUUCACAAGUGACGAUACAAAGAAGGAGUAUUAUAGGAGAAAACUUAAAAGAAAUGGCGUAAAUAUGGAGGAGCCACUAAGUUUAAAACAAUGUUGCCGUUCAAUGAUAAGAAAGCAUUUGCAGAUACUUAGUAAAGAUACAUCAAUAUUUCCUUUCGUAGACAAGUUACCAAUUCCACUUCUAUUAAAGGAAUACCUAAAAUUGAGGAAUACCUUUGAUUUAAAUAAUACUGUUAUAAAAUGCAAACCUAGAUGAUGAUAAGGAUUGGAGUUUCAUAAAAAUAAAUUCUGAAUUUAAAUAUAUGAUAUUUAUUAA